ACCCACAUUGUAAAAUAAACCGACGCCGUUGCUGUUCCAUAUUUGCAUUAUUUAAUUAUGAUUUACCCAUUUAGACGAAUCAGGUUUAUUUCGACUGGAUAUCAUCCUUGAGAUCUCUUGAACGCUGCCUGUCCUUGCAUCAUGGCGGGUCUUCAGGACCAUCGACCCAAACAUGAAGCUACAACUUUUCAUUGGUGUGAUUAUGAUAUUCAUACAAACAUAAACGCCACUGGAUUGUAACGCCUGUUGAUAACAUUGUUUAUUAUCAGCAGAAACGACACCGAACGCCUCAACAGGUGUGGUCACCUUGGUGAAGUAAGGAAAACGAAACUUGUUUUUUACAGGCUUUUAUGAGGGUGGCUGAAAGCUCACUCUCAGAAACUUACUCAGAAAGCGAUUGAAUUAGACAAAUCCUGGUAACAAAUGUAAACUGUCAGACAUGCUCAAAACCUAGGCUAAUUGUUUACAUUACAAUUCUUUAUUGGGAACUCGUGCCAGAUGACAGACGUUCAUGACGCGGAAUUUCAUCAUGAUCAGAGAGGAGCUUACUGAGGUCCUGUGUCAGUACAAGUCAGACACCCUGAGCCACAUAGCCACUCUGAGGGACUUCUGUGACAGGCACCUAAAAUGGAGCUUUCACAGGGAAACAGAGCUGGAGAUGAUGAGAGACAUCAAGGAAAGGGCUGACAGAAUCAACCUGACUUUCAAGCAUGUCAAAGAGUCUCCGAACAAGUGGAAGGCGCUGGGAGAGUACAUGAAGAGUGGCCUGACGCAGAUGACAGCAGCCAGGCGAUGGGAGGAGCUGCAGAAGGAGCUGGCGGAGGUGUUGAAGGACACCCUGGCCGGGCUGGAGGAACUGGACCACUUCCUGGAUGCUGUGGAGAGGCUGGCGGUCACUUCUGUGUCUGUGUUCGAUGAGGAGUGUCCGUUUGGUGACCAGGAGGUGAGCCCUGCCGGUGUCCGUGAUGUCAUCACUGCCUCACAGGAAGCGUGUCCUCUGCUGGUCCGGUUCAGGAGAAACGCAGGGGACUUCUUUCUGGCCAGCCUCUUCAACGUGCCGGUGUUGGCUAUCCAGCUGGACUCGUACAUACGCAGCACCCAGCAGCUCUGUGACAAGCUGGAGAGCAAAUUGAUGACAAUAUCAGAGAUUGAGAGUAAAUCUAGUCAACUAAGAAAGAAGAACGAAAAUGUCGACCUCUGGGAUGUGAGUGAUGCAUCCGUGCUGAAUAUGCUCGUCCAUCUCAAAAAGCUCAGUGAUGUCAGGACCAACCAGGACUUCAGACUGGUUUUCCUGUUCCAGGAGGAAGCUGAAAACUUCAUCAAACUCUUCAUCCAGAGCAAGCCCAGAAUGUUGCAGUUUCUGUCUGACCUGGAGGGGAGCGCCGUCCAGCUAGACAACAUGAAGCGUGGGGCCCAGAUCUCCACUGUGGCAGGCAGCUCCGUGGGGGCGGUUGGAGGGGUCCUGUCCAUCGUGGGUCUGGCUCUGGCCCCCGUCACAGCGGGGGUGUCCCUGAUUCUGACCAUGACUGGCGUGGGUCUGGGGGUCACCAGUGGGGUCAACAGCUUGGUCACCGCAGUCACAGAGAUGGGCGUCAACAUCACUCAUCAGAAGAAAGCCAACGAGUUGUUCCAGAGUUUUAUGGAGGACGUGCAGAACCUCCAGGGGUGCCUGGAACAUGUGGCCACAAAGAUGGUUCCCGUGGUGAGUGAGGUGGACGCAACCGCGGGAGCAGGGAAGAUUGCGGGGAGUGGUUAUGCCAUCGGGAAAGGAAUCGACUCCUUGAUCGAUUGUGCCACAGGUGUGAAACUUCUGAGGAGUGAGGAUGCGAUUGCUGACCUGGGACAGGCCGCUAAAGGGACGCCCCUCGCCCUCUCCAAGGCAGCCCGGGGGGGGUUCAUCGCUCUCAACGCCCUGUUCAUUGGCCUGGACGUGUUCUUCAUCUGCAAGGACAGCGUCAACCUGGCCAAGGGCAGCAAGAGUGAGGUUUCCCAGCUCAUCCGGGCACGAGCACGGCUCUGGUGCUCCGAACUGGAGUCAUGGCAGAAGAUCCAUGACUCCCUGCAGAGAGGUCUGCUAACGUUCCAGGACAGCGAGAACCUGCUGAAGAUGCCCUUUUACCCUGUGGAAGAGAUGAAGAAGAUAAACCAGUAGCACAAAACACCACUUAGAGAAUUUAAGGGUGCGUUCAACACUUGUAGUUUGGUUCUCUUAGUUCUCUCGGUCCGGACCAAAAAAUAAAAUGUUAUUCCUGGUUCGCUUAGCGUUCACACUGACAUUUACAUUUAGUCAUUUAACAGACGCUCUUAUCCAGAGCGACUUACAGUAAGUACAGGGACAUUCCCCCCGAGGCAAGUAGGGUGAAGUGCCUUGCCCAAGGACACAACGUCAUUUUGCACGGCCGGGAAUCAAACCAACAACCUUCAGAUUACUAGCCCGAUUCCCUAACCCCUCAGCCAUCUGACCCCUUUAUAACACCAAACCUAAACAAAAGGCAUCAGGAUAAGCUCUCAACUUAAUUGGACAGCUUUUAUAACGUCAAUGAUAUGAUUCGAACCGCACCAGAGUUCGUUUGGAAGCGGACCAAGACCCACUUUUCAGGCGGUCUCAGUCCGCUUGUUUGGUCACCCCAAGGUUUGGAUGGCACACUUGUUCAAAUGAACCGCACUAACAAAGCAAUUGCACCAGAGUUUGUUUUAAUUUAACCAAAUCUGCAAAGUGUGAACACACCCUAAAAAAUAUAUUUACACUUUGCUGAUCUACUAUUUCUUAGCAGUCUCUCAAAUAUUUUCAGAAACAUUUGAAUGUGAUGUACAACACUCCUGUAAAAGAUUUUCACGUGACCACUACCAGCUCUUAGAAACUACUAUCUCUUUUUCCCCCUUUUUUAUUCUUGUAGUAUUGACCUGACCAAUGAUGAUGAUUUCUCAGUUAAAUGGAUCAUUGACUGCACAUAUGAUGGAUUUCUAUUUGAACACUAUAUUCAAGACUGUCUUUAUAUUGACACCAAACCUUGCUCUUGCAUAUCAAAUUAUUAAUCUACUGUGUUCGUCUUAUUUUAUAAAAAUUCUUGAGUUAUUUGUUUAUUUUAACAAUUACUAUUAAUGGUCUGUAUUGUCUGAUCUAUUCUUAGAAACAAUUAACUUCAUUAUUUUACUAAACCUAAUAUUUUCUCAUACUGUGACAAUAAUAGCAAGAUGUUGCUCUGUUAAAUUGGUUGAUCUAUUCUUACAAUGCAUAAUUAAGUAUUUCAUGUAUACUAAUAUUGCCACACUCCUACAAUAAAGACAAAAAACCUUCCAUGUUUUGGUCAUCUGAAGCAUUCAUCACAUUCCUGUGACUCUUUACCCCAGAACUUUUAUUCAUUUUAUGUUAGGGUCAGGUGGGGACUGUCAGUCCAUUCAUGAUGAUGCAGAUUGAUGAGGAUGAUGACACUUCCAUUAGCGUCCCAGAUAUGCAAAUACACAUCCUAGCGAACACUGACAUGUCCAUCAGGGUCUAUUUCAUACACCCCCAGCCCGAUAACACACCCUGUUUACACCCCCAGCCCGAUAACACACCCUGUUUACACCCCCAGCCCGAUAACACAC